AGGGCAGGCGGGCAGGCCAGCCAGCAAGGCUCUGGCGGGCUGGGGCGGGAAACGGGCUCCAGGCACGCCGUACCGAGCAGCGCCGGGCUGGGCAAGAGCGGUGCCGUUCGCCGCACGAACGCACCGUGCAGCGCGGUGCCUUUCGCCGCUGGGGUGCCGCGGGGUUGGUAGAACCGCCGCCGUUGCCGCCGCUGCCGCCGCCCCGUCCGAAACCUGGAUUGCAGGAGCCCUUCACCAUGCCCAGCAGAUUGUAGGUGCUUCAUGGAGCAAGCCAACUUCUACGAGGUCGAUUCCCGGCCCCCGAUGAGCAGCGGCCAGCACCACCAGCUCCAGACUCCCCUGCCCGGCAGCGCCUACAGCUACAGAGAGGCUCCCUCGGCGGCGGCACCUGCUGCGGGCGGAGCGGAGCUCGGAGACAUCUGCGAGAACGAGAACUCCAUCGACAUCAGCGCCUACAUCGACCCCGCCGCCUUCAACGACGAGUUCCUUGCCGACCUCUUCCAGCACAGCAAGCAGCAGGAGAAAGCCAAGGCCAUCCUGGCCGGGGAUUUCGACUUCCACAGCAUGCAUGGGGCCGGCGCCGCCUCCUCGGCGCCGGGGCACCAGCAGCAGCACCACCAGCAGCCUCUCUUCGGCUGCGUGGCCGGCUACAUGGACGGCAAGCUCGACCCCCUGUACGAGCGCAUCGCCGCGCCCGGCUUGCGGCCGCUGGUGAUUAAGCAGGAGCCCCGCGAGGAGGAGGAGGUCAAGUCGUCGGCCCUGUCGGCCCUGUACCCCCACCACGCUCCGCAGCAGCACCCGUCCCACCUGCAGUACCAGAUAGCUCACUGCGCUCAGACCACCAUGCACCUCCAGCCCGGGCACCCCACGCCGCCCCCCACGCCCGUGCCGAGCCCGCACCACCCGCACCACCCGCACCCCCCCGGCGGCCUGCCUGCCGCCGGCGCCCUCAAGAUGAUGCCCGCGGACCACCGGAGCAAAUCGAAAAAGACAGUGGACAAGAACAGCAACGAGUACCGGGUGCGCCGGGAGCGCAACAACAUCGCGGUGCGCAAGAGCCGCGACAAGGCCAAGCAGCGCAACGUGGAGACGCAGCAGAAGGUGCUGGAGCUCACCACCGACAACGAGCGGCUGCGCAAGCGGGUGGAGCAGCUCACCCGGGAGCUGGAGACUCUGCGGGGCAUCUUCAGGCAGCUGCCCGAGAGCUCGUUGGUGAAGGCCAUGGGCAGCUGCGCCUAGCGCCGGGACCCUCGCUGCCCUCAGUCACCUAUAGAUACUAUACAUAGCAGAGCGCAGCGAUCUCAGAUUAUUUUCUUGGGGGGAGGGGGGGGGAGGGCUGAUUUUGUUUUGGGUUUGUUUUGUUCGGUGUUUGGGUUUCUUUUUUUUUAACAAUUAACAGCUAAUACGAGAAGCCAGGCAGCUGUAGUAUUAAAAGGUUUGUGCCUUAAGGAUGACACAUGAAUAAGCUGAAAACAUGGUGGGUUUUCUAAGGAGAAUGAGGAGGGGAAGGAAAGAAUUAAGAAGCCCACGUGUCUACAGGGUAAAUCAUAAUAGUAGUAAUAAAGCACGCAUAGGAAUCCAGAUGUGCCUUAAAAGCUAGCUGCAGGAGCUUUGGGGCUUUCUAUUCCCCCCGGCCUGGUGGCGUGCGAUUUAAAAGGGUGAGGGACAUGCAGGCUUGAGGAACAGGGCACCUGGGGAUGCUUGUGGGGUGCCCUGAGCUAGCCUGCAGUGCAGCAGGCAGGGGUGGCUGUGGGGAGGCCAGCGAGAAGAGGGCUGAGAGACCUUCAGCGCUGGAUGCCCGUUUGGAGCACUGAGGUGUGGGGCAGCUGCAGGAGCACUGUCAGGACUGCCCCAGCCUGGCCGGGCUGCUUCAACUGAGCCCUGUCCCCUGCCUUGGCUGGGAGUGGGACAGGGGCCACCACCGCUGCAGGACUGAUGGAUGGCCUGGGACUGAUGCAGCAGCAGCCUGCUGGGCUCCUGCCAUCGAAAGGAAGAGCAGGAGUGUCUUGUACUGUAUGUCACGACGUGGCGAAGCACAAAGAAUAAAUACCUAUUGAUGCGGGUAUUUACUAUGGACUUUUAAGUGUAUUUUGCUUUAUUCCAUGACAUUUAGCUCCUUUCUGAGUCUCUGUCUGUCCAAGCUGUGCCUCAUGUAAUGUGAAAGCCUUUCUGUGUAUACUAGCUACACUUUAUUUUUAUUGCAUUACUUAGAUCUUUGCCAUCACACGACUUUCUUAUCUGGUGACAGAGACUAUGCCCUUGUGCUGCAAUGUUAUUUUAUUAUUUGUGUGGGAGGGUGAGUGUGAGUGUGUGUCGCCUUCCUGGGCUGGCGGCUGCCUCCUGGCCCCAAGGCAGGGUGCCUAGGGGGAUGCAGGCCGUGAGGCUACAAUGGGGCCAGGAGGCUUGUCGCUGGUGCUGCAGCACCUUUGGACUCUGGAGUUUCUCCCAGUGAGAGAAAGACAAACAAACCAACAGGCCCCUUUCGAGGGAGCGCUGGCAGCAAUGCAGAAUGAUUCUUCCUGUCAUUGCUGCACAGGAGUUUGUCCGGUUGAAAUAGUUGUGAUGGGAGAAGAGACCACGAUGGGGAUGUGAAGCUGUUCCUAAGUGUGACAGCAGAAGCGCAGUGCUGGGGGGGUGUGUGUGGUGUGUGUAUGGGUAUGUAUGUAUAUGCACACACAUUGGUGUUUUGUUGGUUUUUUUUAAUUUGGGGGGGGGGGGGGGGAGCUGCAUAUAAAGUGUGUCAGAAGUCCUGGUUAUGUUCAUAAAUAAACAACAUAUAUUCUACCAUAA